CAACUUUUUACAAGUUUUUGGUCCAAGAUGAGCUACCUAUAGACCCGUCGCGCUCGUUUCCUCGCACCUGCUAACCAACCCAUGACCCCCCAAUCAAAUACAUACUCCAUUCCGCAGACUCGGUCUUGUUCAACGCUGUAUAAAUUAACUUCCUCUCCACAUCUUUCCAACUGGGAAGUCCUCUAUCUUCAUCAAUCAUCAUACAUAAAUCAAUCCAUCAACCAAACAGACUAGUAUUUGUGUUUAACUAAUCAUCACCGAUGUCGGAAGUUGCUCAAAAUCAGAUGGCAGCCGGAUUAAGUCCUGAGUUUCCGACUGCUUUUACUCAUGGUGGUCAGUUUAUUCAGUACAAUAUCUUCGGAAACUUGUUUGAGGUUACCUCUAAGUAUCGCCCUCCGAUCAUGCCCAUCGGUCGUGGUGCUUAUGGCAUCGUCUGUUCGGUGUUAAAUUCAGAGACGAAGGAGAUGGUUGCGAUGAAGAAGAUUGCAAAUGCAUUUGAUAAUUAUAUGGAUGCUAAACGUACUCUUCGCGAGAUCAAAAUCCUCCGCCAUUUCGAUCAUGAAAAUAUAAUAGCUUUAAGGGAUGUUGUUCCUCCUCCUCUAAGAAGAGAAUUUUCUGACGUCUAUGUUGCAACUGAGCUUAUGGAUACUGAUGUUCAUCAAAUAAUCAGAUCUCAUCAAAGUUUAUCAGAGGAGCAUUGUCAGUAUUUCUUGUACCAGAUACUUCGUGGGCUUAAAUACAUCCAUUCAGCAAAUGUCAUCCAUAGAGAUCUGAAGCCAAGCAAUCUUUUGAUAAAUGCAAAUUGUGAUCUCAAGAUUUGUGAUUUUGGUCUUGCAAGGCCAACCUCAGAAAAUGAACACAUGACUGAAUAUGUUGUCACUAGAUGGUACAGAGCACCCGAGCUUCUGCUCAAUUCUUCUGAUUACACUGCUGCAAUUGAUUUAUGGUCUGUGGGCUGCAUAUUCAUGGAGCUCAUGAACAGAAGGCCUUUGUUUCCUGGCAAGGACCAUGUUCACCAAAUGCGCCUGUUGACAGAGCUACUUGGUACACCGACUGAAGCUGAUCUAGGGUUUCUUCAUAAUGAAGAUGCGAGAAGAUACAUUCGACAGCUACCACCACAACCUCGUCAACAAUUAAGACAAGUAUUUCCCCACGUUAAUCCAUUGGCAAUCGAUCUCAUCGAGAAAAUGCUGACAUUUGAUCCCACACGAAGAAUUACUGUUGAAGAAGCGCUAUCGCAUCCUUACCUUGCUAGAUUACAUGAUAUAGCUGAUGAACCAAUAUGCCAAAAGCCAUUCUCAUUUGAGUUUGAGCAACAAGCCUUGGGAGAAGAGCAGAUGAAAGACAUGAUUUAUGAAGAAGCUUUAGCACUCAACCCGGGAUAUGCUUAAUAUGUUCCCCUGAGGAAUAACUCUUCUCUUCAGUUACUAUUGCUGUUUAUCUGGUAUAGUGAUUUUUUUCUCCUUUUUUUUUUUUGUAUAUAUGAUUUGUAAUAUAUGUUGCCAAAAUAAAAAGAAAAAAGAUGUGUAAUACUUAUUCUUGUAAUUCUGGAGAUCAGCUUGCAUGUAUUUUGAGUCUCUGCUUGAACCCAUCUGCUCUACUCUUACCAGCAUGUAGUUCAGCUGGUCUAAAACGCGCUAGGAGAAAAUCUAGUGUUGUACUUGUAGGUUAAGUUAAAUGUACCUUUGCUUUGUUAUUUGGUUUUUUAUUUUUUUUCACGGGACCUUUACUUUGUUACUGCAUUAGUGCUGCAAGUAAUGCCGUUAAUUGAUUGGCGGAUUAAGUUGUAAAAGUACAAGGUAACGAAGUCGAUGAGCUUUAUAUCAUUCUCCCAAGGGAAUAUGUUGUUAA